ACACAUAAACACAGAAAGAGAGAGAGAGAGAGAAAGGUUAUACAGUGAAAAGGACAACACCAGGGAGAGAAGUAAAGAAAUAAGGGACUUUGACGAGUAGGAGGGAAAGAAAAAAGGCCACAGAAGUGACCGUAGUGCAGAGAGGAGAUAGAGAGACACUGAAAGACAAGGGGAUAAGACAGGAAGCAGCUAUCUCUCCAUCUCUUCCAUGGCGUUGUAGGCGUCUAUGGGUCUGUCAGUCAAUCAGGACGACAGGCAGCUCUCUGUCUCUGGCUCGCACUCACGCUGAUGACUCUGCUGUGUGUGUGUCUACAGAUGGCAAACCUUGUGACAUCGCUGUGCUGUGUUGUUCUGGCCGCGGUGGUGGUGGCGUACGCUCAGAGACGCAGUCAGCUUGUUGCUAGGAACCAGUACGAGCGAAUGAGCAGUGAUGUAACCAUGCAGUGCGGCUCCCUGGACAAUGACGCAUCGGUGUCAUGGAAGGUGAACGGAACAGAUGUGAAGGCCCAGCACCGUCUAGAGGGUCCCAGACUGAUGCUGACCGAAGUGGACCUUGGCCAUAACGGACUCUACAGCUGCUUUCAGAACCCGCACGGAGAGAGGCGUGACACCAUCUACCUCCACAUCGGCAUUCCCCCCCAGGAGCCCACAGUCACCUGUCGAUCCAACACCUACCCUAAAGGCUUCUACUGCAGCUGGCACCAACUGCACCCGACGUACAUCCCCACUACCUUUGAAGUGGACGUACAACAUAACCAGCGUUCACUGGAGGUGCAGAAAGAUCCAGACCACAAGAAUCGCUGUCGUGUACGUUUUCCCGAGGUCUUCUCCAGCUUCCCCUACAAAGUGAAUGUGACGGCAGUCAAUGACUUGGGGAAAGCCUCUACCACAAUUUCUUUUGAAGAGUCCAGUAUAGUUAAACCGGACCCCCCGGAGCGCGUGACGGCGACCCCGAUCCGUUUCAACGCCCGGAGGCUGGAGGUGUCCUGGCACAGCCCCGCCACCUGGCCUGACAUCGACAACUUCCCUCUGAAAUACUUCCUUCGAUACCGGCCACUCAUCAAAGAGCAGUGGCGGCAUGUGGAGCUAUCUGACAGCACUUCCCACCCCAUCACCGAUGCCUAUGCCGGAAAAGAGUACAUCAUCCAGGUGGCUGCCAAGGACACAGAGAUUGGAACAUGGAGUGACUGGAGUGUUGCCGUCCAUGCUACACCCUGGAUUGAAGAUCCUCUGCCAAUUACUUCCACAACCGAAGUGGACUUUCCUACCGAGACUAAGACCUCCCCCAUACCGUCCUCCAACGCACCACAAAAGGCUGAACCUCCAGUGGGCAGAGCUGCCAGGCUCCUCACAUUUUUCUCCCCUUUGCUGUUAGGAAUGCUGCUGCUGUUCAUGUGAUGUAAUGGUCUUAUUCCUGAAGGGAGUAGGAGGAGGAGGAGGAGGAGGAGGAGGAGAAGAGGAGGCUGGUCUUUUUUCUAUUUUGCACAUGUUUCCAGGAUACAGUGCAUUGAUCAUUUAUGUCCAUCACUCAGUUACUCACCGAGAUUACUUAGACAUGAAACUAGACGAUGAUAAUGCGAUGCAGCAUUUUUGAUAAAUGGAGACGAAGAAAUUCUUCAGAGGAGCUUUUGAAAGCGGCUUCAUCAACAACAACAACAACAACAACAGCAGCAGCAGCAACAGGAGCAGCAGCAACAACAACAACAACAGCAGUGAUAUCAGCAUAAACAGUCUUAUAUUACCCCCUUGUGGCUUUGGUCGGCCACAGCAGACUUUGUUCGGCAGACAACAGUUUGGUUUGGGAAUCUCCUCUUCAGAGCAAGAAAAUCGACUCUUCAGAUGACAAAAAAAGAAAUCUCCUCAUUACCUUUAUGUCCUUUUUUUUAUUGAUUAUGAAUUAAUUUUCACUUUCUUCUGAAAUCGCAGCACCGUACAGACAAACACACACACAUAUAUAGAGCAUUCGUGCAUGUGUUUGUGUGUAUAGUAACAGUAGCCGUCCCCAUACAGCUAAAUCAUCAUGCCAAAGACUCAACUUCACCCCCAAACAAAACGGUUCCCAAACGAUUCACUGAGCUUCCCAAAGCCUGUGACUGCCUUCGUCGUGGGUUGAAAUCCCAGAAAGUUAUAUGUGUGUGUACACAGCAUCCGAUUGAUGCCGACUCAAACAGUACACAAAUGAAACCUGGGACGAGUCUGAGGAAACCUGCAGCUCUCGUUUGUGUUAACCUACCAUUUAUCAAAGAAGCCACACAAAUACUCAAUCAGACUCUGAAUCUGCCAACUCGGACGACUGAAUCAAACUGACAGAGCGAGUUGUUUUGUUCCAUAUGAGGACUGACACUGAAGAAUUCAGUAACGCUAGUCUGGCUUAUUUAGACAAUUAGCUUUACACUCUGCUUUCAGCGACUGGCAAAGAGGACCUGGAUUGUAAAAAAUAAAUAAAUAAAGUGGAUUUGAGACUGAACAGUUCUUUGCCCACCCAUUUGUUUUGGUUCCACAAAGAAGAAAUCGGUUAUUGAAACAUGAAAAUGAGCUAUGUUGGUUUUCAAUUCUGCUGUGUGCUGUAAAAUAAAAUAACACAAAACAGUUUGCUUUCCAAAUUCUGACGCCUUUACAAACAUUAAUAAAAUGUCUUUUUGCAGUUUACAUUUCAAUAGCCAAUAUCACCAGUUAAUAUUAUGUUAUUCAAAGGAAUAUUGAUGUGUUUUAUUGUAUUUUUUUAUCUUAUGGACAAAUAAUACAAACACAUAUAGGAUUUUAGUUUUUGUUUUUCAGACAUUCAUAAUGGCUUAAUUCUCCUUGCUCAUGUUUUGUAAACUAUGAUAUGUAACUUUAACAUUGAACAAAAAGUUUAUUAUUUAAUAAUAAUAAUAAUGUAUGUAUUAGCAGUAGAAUGUCGUAACCUGUACCUGGGGUCUUUUUUAUAGAUGUAUAUACAAUGACAGGUUUCAACCAUUAAA